AACUUUUACCUCUCUAGUCUCAUUUUUCAAAUCAGAGCAGCUACUUAGAAAGUCACCAAACCCUCCUCACUUUUCAACUACCAAAACUUUUGACUUAGCAUCUCUUUGUUUCUUCAUCUUCUCAUCUCUUUUCCAAUCCAAAUCUUCAAUCUUUAACCUUAAAUCUUCAUGAGUUUUCAAUUCAGAAAAUAUUUGGAUGAUGAUUCAUCCUCUAACACAUCCUUCACAGGAUCAGUUGCAUGUUCAGCAAGGUGCGAUGCAUUAAACUAUGAAAGUAUUUGCAAAUCCCCUUGUGUCAAGUUUUGCUAUGUCGAUUGUCCUCCUCCCUACCACAAAACCCUUAGCAAACCGUUGAUCGCCGGUUUAGUAUUAGCUUCAGUUUUUAUUCUUGUGUUUUGCUACGCUAUAUACUACAGAUUCUACUAUUCCAGGACAAGAAUCAGACCAAGAUCAUCAUUACAGCCGUUGGAUCAAAGAGAUGAGACGACCACCCGUGAAGAGUUUCUUGAUGAGGAUCAUGGUCCUGUUCUUGAUCAUCCAAUUUGGUAUAUAAAUACUAUUGGUUUAGAAAGAUCUGUUAUUGAUUCUAUUUCUGUUUUUAAGUUCAAAAAAAGUGAUGGUCUUGUUGAUGGAACAGAGUGCUCUGUUUGUUUGAGCGAGUUUCAAGAUGAUGAGAGUCUUAGAUUGUUGCCUAAGUGUAGCCAUGCUUUUCAUAUUCCUUGUAUUGAUACUUGGCUUAGAUCUCAUACCAAUUGCCCGUUGUGUCGCGCUCCGAUCGUUUCGAGUUCGGCCUCCACGUCUGAACGGAGCGGAAGCGUUGAGCGGGAGAGUCCGAUCGGAGUUCCCGAGGAUGAUGGGGGUUCCGAGGGGGAAGUUGUUGUUGUUAUGGAGGAAGGAGAUGGCGAAAGUGAAAUGGAGGGUGGGGAUGGUGUGAUGAUUGAUCAGCCAUUGAGAAGAUCAGUUUCUUUGGAUUCUUUGUCUGCUUUUAAGAUUAGUCAAGCUCUUGCUAAUGUUUGUGAGUCUGAUAGGAAUUCAAGAACAGAGUUGGUGAAAGAUUGUGAAUUGGAAUCAAAUUUGGAAAUUGUUUCUAAAAGAUCAGCUGGUGCUGGUAGUAGUAGUAGUAAUCAAGGUUUGUUUAAAUUCAUGGCUAGCUCUUCAUUUGGAAGAUCAUUACAAAUUGGACCAAGUUCUUUAAGGAGAUCAUUUUCUUGUGGUGGAAAAUUGUUCUUGUCAAGGUAUGGCAGAAAUAGCAACUCUGUUCUUCCAUUGUGAUAUCCUGUUGUUUGUGAGAUAUCGUAUGUAUGUUGCACGGAAACUUUUUGAAUCUCAUAUUACGCGUUUUGUUUCCGUUGAAACGAAAAUGCUUCUGAAAUGCCGAAGCAUAUACUUAUAAACUAUACUCUAAAAUAUAAAUAUGGUUUUGGUGUUUUCCGUUUUGGUGUUUCUGUUUCCGUGCUACAUAGGAGAAAUCUGCAUACUGAAUUGUUUAGAAACCUCUCUACAAGUUGAGAGAUUUUUAUACUACAACCUGUAUUAAUAAUAAACACAUAAUCAUAUAACGAUCUAUUAGUGUUGUACUUAUUACAAUACCAUGCAAUUGUAAGUAAAAGAUUUAUUCUUGCUAGUAAUUUUGCUGCUA